AGCAAGGAAAAAUGGGGUUGACAUUCACAAAGCUGCUCAGCCGGCUUUUUGCCAAGAAAGAGAUGCGUAUUCUUAUGGUUGGUCUCGAUGCAGCUGGUAAGACCACCAUUUUGUACAAGCUCAAGCUCGGAGAGAUUGUGACCACAAUUCCUACUAUAGGAUUUAAUGUGGAGACUGUGGAAUAUAAGAACAUUAGCUUCACUGUGUGGAAUGUCGGGGGUCAGGAUAAGAUUCGUCCCUUGUGGAGGCACUAUUUCCAGAAUACUCAGGGUCUCAUUUUUGUGGUGGAUAGCAAUGACAGAGACUAUAUGGAUAUGAGUUUGAAGGAAGAAGAUGUGUAUUUGGAGUAUUGCACAACAAAGAAUCAAGUACCAGAUGUGUUCACAAAGGCUUUAUCAAAAGCAAGACUUGAAGUUUUAAGAGAAGGAUUGGAUGUUUGUAGCAUUAAGGCAAGAAGGAGUGUUGUUGAGAUGUCUAAUGCUGCUCCAAAAAUGUGA